UACUGAUAUUUUGUUCAUCAAAGUAAUGGAGUUCUCAUCAUCUGUGGGGUCUCUUGUCGCCUUGACGAUCGCUUUAUCGAUGAUUUUACAGAUGCAAACAGUGGCAGCUAUAUCCUGUGACGCUGGUGAAACUAAUAUUACAAUUCCAUCGGAUAUUACUCAUUGUCGAAGGGACAUUCAAAUCGCAUGUCAGUUACAGGGCAGAGUAGUGUCGAAGGUAGAGUUAAACGCCUUUCCUCCUAAAAACCUUAUACGGGAUAGGAUAUGCUCGGGAUGUUGCCAAUUACCCCUCCCAUGUCCAACGAAACCUCCAGUCAACUGGCAGACAUGUCCAGACACGGAUAUUAAUAAAUCAUUUGAACUAGUUGCCAGCAAGAACGAUUGCCAUCGUUGUCAAGAUGGCUGCAAAACUAGAUGUGAUAAUAUAGGAGCUAGAGUGGUCGAUCAGAUUUGCGGGUAUAGACAAACACCAGCUGCGUUUCUUGGAUUAAUCUGCACAUGUUGUUGUCGGGCAAAAACACCGGCAAUUACUCCACUCCCUCCCCCUCCAACGCCAGCUUCGGUUAAUAUUUGUAGACCCGCAGAAAUUUAUGUUGCAUUUCUGCUAUCCGGCUCUCGUGUCUGCAGUGAUUGUUCAGCUGAGUGUGAACAGAAAUGUUCUGGUAUGGGUCCAGUAGCGCUGCAACAGUGUACGGAAGGAUCUUCUUCAAGAGAGUGCAAGUGUUGUUGUGAAGACGCCGCCACCACUAACUAGCUAGUUAGCUUUGGUGUGAUAAGUUAAUCUUGUGAAACCAAUUGCUAGUGGUUAUAAUUAAUUGCUGUAUCCAAGUAAUUAAUUAUACUACAUGUUCUUUUUUUUCCAGUUAUUUCAAUUAGCUGCGGCUGUGAGAAUAUUGAUGAAGUAGAGUGUUAUAAGUUCGGUAUGAACUUAAUUAUACAUACAUGUUUCAUGAAUAUGAUCAUUGGACC